AGCCCGCCGCCGCCAUCACCAACCUCCCGCUCGUCUUGACCCCUCUCCUUCCCUUCCGUCGUCGAGUCCAACUCCGGCGCAUUCGUUUCGAUUGGAAGCGGCAAGAUGUCCGGCGAGGAGGAGGAGAACGCUGCCGAGCUCAAGAUCGGCGAAGAGUUCCUGAAGGCCAAGUGCCUGAUGAACUGCGAGGUGGCGAUCAUCCUGGAGCACAAGUACGAGCAGAUCCAGCAGCACGCGUCGGAGUCGGACCCGUCGUCGCAGGUGUCGCAGGUGUUCGAGAAGUCGCUGCAGUACGUGAAGCGCUUCAGCCGCUACAAGAACCCCGACGCCGUGCGCCAGGUCCGCGAGACGCUCAGCCGCUACGGCCUCGCCGAGUUCGAGCUCUGCACGCUCGGCAACCUCUGCCCGGACACCAGCGGCGAGGCCACCGCGCUCGUACCAUCCCUCAAGUCCGGGGGGAGGUUCGUCGGUGACGCCGGCAACGAGAAGAUUGAGAAGAUGCUCAACGACCUCUCCCUCAUCAAGAAGUUCGAGUAGAGAGUGCCAUGGGCGUGCCAUUGUUCAGUUCUUCAGUUUCCCUAGCUGUGUGAGACUUCUCUUAUCAGGCAACGAUGGUAGUAGGAUUUCCUACCGAUCAUCAAUGUUACAGUCAACUUCAUCUGCCUCAAUCCUGAAUUCCUGAUGUAUGCUUAUCCAAGUUAAGAGCCCUAUUGAUCUUUGUUUGUAAUUCUGCACGAAAAGCCUGAAAUUGAGCUGAUGAGUAUUCCUUUGAUGGUGGAUGCUUGGCUCGGUUUCCAGUUCUUUGGACUUGUCAUCCA